AUGUCACCGAGUGCAGACCACGAAGGCUACAGAAUUGGCCCUGUCGAUGCUUCCACUACCGUUGUGGUGGUGGGCGCGGGACCAUCAGGGCUGAUGCUAGCAUGUAAUCUUGUUCGCUUUGGAAUCGCUGUGGUGGUCCUCGACGAUCGUCCCGACAAGACAUCCACGGGCAAGGCCGAUGGAAUGCAACCCAAGACAAUCGAAACAUUCAGACAACUUGGGUUGGCGGACCCGUUACUGAAGAGCGGAGCUCGGGUUUACGAUAUUUCCUUCUGGGAGUCAACGGCAAACGAGUCACUUCGACGCACAGGUCGCAAAACCCACUAUCCCGAACACGUCGGUGCUUCUGAUCCAUAUAUAUUGCUAGCCCACCAGGGAAUGGUUGAGGAGGUCAUGAUCGAUGAUAUGGAGGCACGGGGUGUGUUCGUCACAAGGAAUAGCAAGUUCGUGUCUUGCUCGCGGGUGGACGGAACAACACAAUUGGAUAUUGUAUAUGAGGAUGUUAUGACGAAUACUCCUUGCAAGCUCAGAGCAGAUUAUCUAGUUGGAUGCGAUGGAGCUCGGUCGAAGGUUCGAUCAUUUAUUCCGGAUGCAGAGCUUGAGGGAGAAUUAACAAACGCGGCCUGGGGUGUGCUGGAUGGUGUAAUUGAUACGGACUUCCCUGAUCUAUGGAGCAAAGUCGCGUUGCGGUCUCAUUCCGCUGGAUCGAUAUUGUGGAUUCCCCGGGAGAAAGGCAUGACUCGAUUAUAUGUCGAGUUAAGCUCCACCGACGGGGAUCGAGUGGAGAAAUCAAAAGCCACGCCUGAAUAUGUCAUGGGCCGUGCCAGGGAGGCAAUGUAUCCAUUCCACCUAGAAUGGAAAACAGUGGAGUGGUUUGGAACAUAUCUUGUGGGCCAACGGGUUGCGAAACGCUUUAUGGAUUCAGAGGCAAAAAUAAUCAUUGCAGGUGAUGCCGGCCACUGUCAUUCAGCUCUUGCGGCUCAAGGUGCCAACACAAGUAUGCACGACAGCUUCAACCUCGCAUGGAAGCUCAAUCUCCUCGUCCGAGGACUGGCAAAACCAUCCUUACUCCGCACCUACGAAGAAGAAAGACAAAAGAUAGCAUAUGACCUCAUCAAUUUCGAUGUCGAGCACUGCAAAGCAUUUGCAGCAGGUGACGCAGAACUAUCCAAGAACUUCGACGCCAAUAUUCGAUUCAUAUCCGGCGUUGGAGCUGAAUACGCUCCCGGAAUGUUAACACAAGCUCCAGCUACCACAUCUCGUCUCCAACCUGGAAUGCUCCAACUCCCAGCUAAAGCCACUCGCUAUAUCGAUGCCAACCCGGUCGAUAUUCAGUUGGAUGUUCCGAUGUUGGGUCAAUUCAAGAUCUAUAUUUUCGUGCCGGAUUUUUGUCGCUCGCGGACAUUCCUAAACAACAUUUGUCAACAGCUGCAAUCCAUUCUUUCUGGGGCCAGUGUGCGAGCAGAUCAUUCAUACGAGAAGCAUCCGAGAGGACAUUCUCCGUCAGAUGGAUUUGUUCAGGCUCAACGAUACACUUCCGUCUCAAAUGCUUUUACUUUUGCGAUGGUCACGCAGGCUGCUCAGUCUGAAUUUGAGAUUGCAGAGCUGCCGGAGAUACUGCAGACCAGUCGGUGGACUUUAUACGUCGACAAUAUUGAAGCGCCGAGUUGUACUGAGAAGUGGUUUGGGAAUUUGGAUCUGGAAAAGAUUGGCAUCGCUGUUGUGAGACCUGAUGGAUAUGUUGGAGCUAUUGAUACUUGGGAUGCCGAACAAGUGGGUGCCAUAGGGCAGUGGUUGCAGGAUUAUUUCUCUUUCAUGGUGUAA